AUGUCCUUAUGGAACAAAGUGCUCAAUGGUUUCUUAAAUCAUGACUUAGCUGAAAGAAGACUUAUUACUUUCCACCAUUCUCUCCCAGAAAGCUGUUCCAGUGAACCGGAUUGCCCCAUCCUUUGUUCUCCUGCUAUGAUUGCCCUUUUCUUCCUAAGUAUCCUGACUGCCCCACAUGCUGGGGGUCACACUCUGGACACCCCACAACUGCCAAGGGAGCUGUCACCAGGAUUCUCAAAAGAUAUCAAUGUCACGUUCUUCAAUGGGGUGUUUAAAAAUGUGGAAAGUGUGGCUGAAAUUUUUGACUGCCUGGGUUCCCACUUCACCUGGCUGCAGGCUGUCUUCACCAACUUUCCUGUGCUGCUGCAGUUUGUGAAUGGUAUGAGGUGUGUGGCUGGUCUCUGCCCCAGAGACUUCGAGGACUACGGCUGUGCCUGCAGGUUUGAGAUGGAAGGGCUGCCUGUGGAUGAGACUGACAGCUGCUGCUUCCAGCACCGCAAGUGUUAUGAGGAGGCUGCUGAGAUGGAUUGUCUCCAAGAGUCCACCAAGCUCCGCACAAAUGUCAACUGCAUCAGCAAGAUUAUCACAUGUGAAUCCAAGGACCCUUGUGAACGUUUGCUCUGUUCCUGUGACAAGGCUGCCAUAGAGUGCUUGGCUCAGUCCAACGUCAAUGCUUCCCUGAAUCUUCUGGACACCUCUCUUUGUCUGCUUCAGCCUCCAGAGACAACUGGCAGCAAAGAGUUGACCACACUUCUGCCCAAAGGGGUUCCUCCGGAGCCUACAGACACCAGCCUGAUGGCCCUCUCAGGAGAAGGAAGGAAGCAGCUUGUGGAAACCAAGGUGGGAUGCCCAAGGUUGACAUACUCUGUUUCUUCUUUUUUGGGACAAGAAACAGGCCAAGACAGGGAAGGUGCAGAAGUCACUAUGACCACGACCCUUCCAGGAUCAGCAGAGAUUGUGAUCACAGUUCAGGGGGUCUCUGCUGUCCCCACCAGCACCCUGUAUUUGGGUUCAGCCAUGUCUUCUGUCAAAGGUGGCCCCGGGAAGACUGCUGGAAGAGCCUGUGACCGGCUCACCUUCGUGCAGCAGGAAAAUGGGUACAACAUGCAGGGGGCAUCUCGACUGGGGGAGAUGCUUUUUUGCCUGACGUCUCGGUGCCCAGAGGAAUUUGAGUCUUAUGGCUGCUACUGUGGGCAAGAAGGACGAGGAGAGCCCAGGGAUGCUCUGGACAGGUGCUGCUUUGCCCACCACUGCUGCCUGAAGCAGGUGAGGAGGCUGGGAUGCCUGCCAGAGAGGCUUCCUCCAUCAAGGGUGAUGUGUGAGGACAGCACGCCCAAGUGUGUGGGGCAGAGCCUGUGCAUGAAGCUGCUUUGUGCCUGUGAUGAGACAGCAGCCCAGUGCAUGGCCUCUGCCUUCUUCAACCAAAGCCUCAAGUCAUCAGGCCGCCAAGAGUGCCAGGGCCAUCAGCUCUCCUGUGAGGACAGCAUGCAUGGAGGGGCUUCUGCUCCCCUCCUGGGCUCCAGCUCUGAGGAGGUCAGUGAGGAAGAGAGGCCCCAUGCGGAGGGCCCGAGAAGAACUAAAAGAUUUCUGGGCAACUCACUUGGUCUCAAGAGGACCAGACCACAGUAUGUUCCUAGGCAGAUCCACAGAUAA